AACUAUGGGUAUUUUUGACGCUCAACCAGCAGAUAUUGAAAUGCUUAUAUCUGCCAAUUGCCAUAUAGGUUCCAGAAACUGUGAGCUUCGGAUGGAACCAUAUGUUUUUAAACAAAGAGCAGAUGGUGUUCAUAUCAUUAACCUUGGGAAAACGUGGGAGAAGCUUGUUCUUGCAGCACGAAUCAUUGUUACAAUCGAAAAUCCUAGAGAUAUAAUUGCUAUCUCAUCACGAUCAUAUGGACAACGUGCAGUACAUAAAUAUGCUUUACAUACAGGGGCGGAAGCUAUAUCAUCACGAUUUACUCCUGGUUCUUUUACAAAUUAUAUUACUCGUUCUUUUAAAGAACCUCGUUUAAUCAUUGUAACAGAUCCUCGGACAGAUAGUCAGGCUAUUAAAGAAGCAAGCUAUGUUAAUAUUCCUGUAAUAGCCCUAUGCGAUACGGACAGUCCAUUGCAAUAUGUCGACGUUGCUAUUCCUACCAACAAUAAAGGACGGCAUAGUAUUGGUCUUAUCUGGUGGAUGCUUGCUCGUGAAGUUUUAAGAUUAAGAGGAACUCUUGCAAAUAGGGAUGUUGAAUGGGGUGUUAUGGUUGAUUUGUAUUUUUAUCGUGAUCCUGAAGAAACAGAAAAAGAUACAGAGUCUGAACAGAAGGCACUUGAAGCAUCUGGGAAUCCAGCUGGUCAAUUUACAUCAGUUCCGGUAACAUCUGACUGGGAAAUUGCAGCACAGUCUGCUGGCGCUGGUAUUAUUACUAAUGUUGCAAGUAACGUUCAAUCCGUAGGGAACUGGGAUGAAAAUUUUGGAGUUGAGACAGGUGUUCAUAGUGAUUGGGCUGCUGAUCCUAUACAACAAUCAGAAGUUCAACAUGCGCAGAAUUGGAAUUAAGAAUUAAAAUUUAAAAGAAAGCAUUACAUGUAAAUAUCUGUUUCUUUGACAA